CGACAGAUAGAAUACCGAAGGAAUCUCGCUUUGCAAGAAGAGCACGCAUAUCAUUUUCAGAAGAACUGGACUUGCACGCACCUCCGUUAUACGUUAGCUCGAGCUCAGAUUUCAGCGCGCACUCCAAGGGAACUUAAGUUGGAUGGUACACUGUACCGUGAAGAAUUUUACCUUUGCAACUCACUAGAGCUUCCUAGUUUCUUUCCAUGAACAACUCUGAGCUGGGCUUAGAAGUCAUCUUGGCGAUGGACCAACUGCUGGAGCUCUCGCCUUCCCAUGUGACCCCUAAAGCCCUUGAUGCCACAGCGAUGACUCCAUGGGAUGUAGCCCUAUGUGUAUCAGGUGCCCUGAUUUGCUGUGAAAAUGCAAUCAUAGUGGCCACCAUCUUCUCAUCAUCAUCUCUACGGGCACCCAUGUUCUUGCUAAUUGGAAGCUUGGCCUGGGCAGACUUCCUAGCAGGAGUAGGGCUCCUAUUGCACUUCUUGUCUCGCUGUUGUGUGUACUCAGAAGCUCUGGAGUUGGGGAGUGUGGGUCUGUUGGUGAGCGCGCUCAGUGCGUCUGUGUUCUCUCUGUUGGGUAUUACAUUGGACCGCUUUCUCUCUCUGCAUCGUGCACUGACUUACGGUUCCCGCCGUACACACACCCAAACACGCUGUGCACUGGCUGUUGGCUGGACUCUUGCUGGACUUCAAGGUGCUCUACCUGCCCUGGGCUGGAACUGCUUGAAUGAUGGAGAAUCUUGCAGUGUACUUCGACCUCUGACCCGGGUGCACCUGGCGACCCUGUGUGGUGGCUUUCUGCUGACCCUGGCUCUGAUGCUGCAACUGAAUGUCCAUAUCUGCCAAGUUGUACUCCGUCACUCACACCAAAUCUCCCUCCAGAGACACACACUCCCAUCUGCACGCACACACACGCAUCGUCGUGUACACACUCUUGCCCUCAUCCUUGCUACAUUUGCCAGCUGCUGGAUACCCUUUGCCUUGUAUGGGCUCCUGGGUGAUGGAUCGUCCCCAGCUCUGUAUACAUAUGCCACCCUGGUUCCAGUCACAGGGAACUCUCUGCUUAACCCUCUGAUCUAUGCCUACAGAAACACACACAUACAGAGAGUGCUGCGACAGGCCUGCUGCUGCUGUCUUCCAAACACACCCAACAAACACACACACACCCCCAGUGAUGUCUAAACAUAGUCUUCUUUAAGCUCAUUCAAGAGCAUAUGGUGCCAUACAAGAUAGUAUUAUGGUCAUAUCAUAUGGGAAUAUAUCACUGUGCCAGUUGCCAUAUCAUGGGUCUGACUGGUGUUAAGAAAGCCACUGUCAGCUUAUAGAUCUAUAAUCAAUCUCUUCUGCAACAUUAUAUUGUAUGUAUUUCUAAAAAGGAUUUAUGGAACUGUCUAUCUCUUUUUUACACUAGAUUGAGAACAGAGAAACCUUUUUCAUAUUGCAAAUCCUUUUAGCUACUUGCCAACUAAUGGGGGUAAAGCAGAGCAGAAACCCCUUUGUCCGAUGUACUUAUCUGAGAUUUGUGCCUCAUAAGUAUACGUCCUCUGAAAUUCAGA